AUGCUGCUGCGGGCUGAAUCAUCCGGUAGUUCUAACCCUGCGCAGCUGCCACUUCAGGUCAAGGAGCGAGAACAAGGCUUGGGGUCAGAUCGAGCAGCAUAUCCGGUGAAUGAAAGGGGCAGUGCGUGCAAUGGUCGGUGGGGGCGAGAGGGGAAAGAAGGGGGUGGCGACGAGUGCAAGAUAGAGGAGUGGAAGGAAAGGAAAGAGAGGGACAAAAGGUCGAAAGGGCAGGGCGAGGUUUUUAUACCGGCGCAACAAGAGAGCUUACAAAAUAUAGUAUUGGGGCGCUAA